CCUAGCAUGAUAUUCUCCCCAUCUUCAGGCCUGCUUCAAAUUUUCCCUCCCAAGGUCUCCGUCAGCUCCGGGAUGUUUUCCAGAAGGAAGCCGACGCGCUCCCUGCCUGCCUGCCCCAACGUGCUCACGCCGGACAAAAUCCCCACCUUCUUCAUCCCCCCCAGCCUGGCCACCCUCCAGGGCCGGCGCUCGCAAAGGAAUGAGAGCCCCGCAGCCGGCGAGGCUCGGACCUGCCCUGCGGAGCGGCACAUCAUCCAGGUGGAAAGCUUUGACCCAGAGGACGGACGUCCCGCUGGGCAACUCUGGGGCUCUGCCUCCAUGCCUCAGCUCUCUAGCCCAGAGGGCUGGGACUUCUUGCCCGAGAGCCCUCACACACGCCGGCGGGAGUCCCUCUUCCACGAGGAACGCCUGGGCCGACGGUUCGGGUCCCGGCUCUCCUCUCCCGCGAGGCCCCUCUCCCACCCUGGCGCGGCCCUGGACAGUGACACCGCCUCCUCCACCGAGACAUCCCCCUACGGUUCCCCCCUACUGUUGCGGUCCCUUGGGGGGACCCUGACACGCCCGACGUAUGGGCACCGGCGGAGAAUCACUUUCUGCUCCCCCAAACUGUACGCCGGGCCGCGGCCUAGCUCCUUGUCGACCGAGGAGACCAGCUCCACGGACACCAGCCCCAGCGUCCCCCGCCGGGAGACGGCGCCUGCCUGGGGGUCCCCGGCCACGCUGUCCCCCAUGCCGAUCUUCUCGCUGGACGUCAUCCGUUGCCACGAGCGGCUCACCAAGGAGGUGACGCUGGCCGUGGGCCCAGGGGGUCGCCUGAGGCUCUCGACGGAGUACCUGGGGCCGCAGAGGCGGCUCCGCGUCCGCCUCAUCAGUGCGGAAGGGUUCUACCUGCCCCGCUGCGACCCCCGGCACGUCAGCUGCUGCAUCUCAUUGCACCUGCGGCCCGGCUCGGGGCCCCGGCAGCGGAGCGCCGUCAUCAAGAGAAGCCGCAACCCCAUCUUCAACGAGGAUUUCUUCUUCGAGGGGGUCUCGCCCGGCGAGCUGCCCAGGCCAAGCCUGCGGGUCAAAGUGGUGAACAAGGGUUCUGGUUUCCGGCGGGACGUGGUCCUGGGCGAAUGCGAAGCCCCUCUCGACUCCCUUUUGCCCCCUUAG